AAUGGCGUCAAGAUUUGACAACGUGCAGGUCGCCGUUCUCGCGGAUAAUUACAAUUUUAAGUUUUUGACUGAUGAUCCGCUUACUCUUGAUGUUUCUCACCAAGGAGACUGUGUUAUGCUCCAAUUUCACAAAGAUAAAGUUCCUGUGCACACACUGUCAAUAAACAAUGACACGGAGCAUUCUCGAUUGGGAUCACAGAGUAUCAUCUUCACAAGAGACAAGGACACAACACUGGUUCAUUUCCCUAGUGUUCACAAUAUGAAACAGUUUCAAUUUAGACUGAAAGAAUUGAAAGAUGGCUUAAAAUCUGUAUUUAGUGACAGAACAGAUGCAGCAUCAGCUGUUCAAUAUUUCCAGUUUUAUGGAUACCUCUCUCAACAACAGAACAUGAUGCAGGAUUACAUUAGGACAUCUACGUAUCAGAGAGCAAUGCUGGCUAACUUAAUAGAUUUUCAUGACAAGGUUGUGUUAGAUGUUGGUGCUGGUUCAGGGAUUUUGUCCUUCUUUGCCGUCCAGGCUGGAGCAAGAAAAGUGUAUGCCAUUGAGGCCAGCAGUAUGGCUACACACUGUCAGACUCUGGUUGCACAGAACAAAAUGUCAGACAGGAUAGUUGUAAUUCCUGGUAAAGUAGAGGAUAUAGAGAUCCCAGAGCCUAUAGACACUAUUAUAUCAGAACCCAUGGGCUAUAUGUUAUUUAAUGAGAGAAUGCUGGAGAGUUACCUUCAUGCAAAGAAAUGGCUGAAACCCGGAGGAAAGAUGUUUCCAACUCUGGGAGAUUUGCAUAUUGCUCCCUUCACAGAUGAAGCUCUCUAUUUAGAACAGUUCUCUAAGGCUAAUUUCUGGUAUCAACAAUCAUUCCACGGAAUUGAUUUAUCAAGUUUACGCAGUGCAGCUGUUAAGGAAUACUUUACUCAGCCCAUAGUCGACACUUUUGAUGUCAGGAUAUGUUUGGCCAAGUCUGUAAAGUACACUGUAGAUUUCCAGGCAGCAGAGGAAACGGACCUACACAACAUCGAGAUCCCCCUAACUUUCAGCAUGCAUGAGUCUGGUCUUGUCCAUGGUCUCGCCUUCUGGUUCGAUGUGGCCUUCUUGGGAUCAAUAGAAUCUGUAUGGUUGUCCACGGCUCCCACCGAGACCCUCACACAUUGGUAUCAGGUGAGGUGUUUAGUGGAAACACCAGUGCUGGUCAAACAGGGACAGACUCUUAAUGGAAAGUGUGUGCUCAGGUGUAACAAGAGACAAAGUUAUGAUGUUGAUAUUGAGUUAAACAUCCCAGGAACAACUUCAAAGUCCACAAACACACUUGAUCUGAAAAAUCCAUUCUUCCGUUACACGGGUCAGACACCUCAGCCUCCGCCAGGGACCAACACCACAUCCCCCACAGAAACAUACUGGAACAGCCUCGCUACAGGUCAGACGGUGUAUAUGAAUGGCUUGGUCAAUGGAGACACCAAUGCCGUCCAGCUUCUUAACCACCAGGGAGUUGUUCAACAAAAUCUCAUCCCAGUCUCUGCUCCCAUUAAUCCAGGAGGUAUACCAAGUGUUUUAAAUUUGACAUCUAAUGCUAACAGGACGUCUGUAGGUGCUGGGAUUAGUCCAGUCAACUUCACACAAGCACAGAGUUCUCUGCCGGGCCAUUUUCCAGUCAGUACUCAGUUUAUGAUUGGGGACUAUGUGAUGCCAGGAAAUGUUCUGUAUCCCUCACAAUCACAGUCAAGUCGGAAAUCAGAGGCAGUGUGACAACAGGACAUGCUACAGACAAUGGUCCUAGAAACUAUACAAAAUAUUUACACAGUAUCUGUGUGCUCUGAAUAACUGUAUACCAUCAUUAUCAUUGGAUCUCUUCCUCUGCUCAAACUCUGUAUCAGUGUUUUAAUUGUGUCAAAAUUCCGUUGGAAGUAAGUUCUACACAAUAUACAGACUUCAGAAAUGAGAGACAAAAGCCUUACGAAAAUGUAGUUCAGUAUUGUUUUGAAAUUAGCAGUUAGUGAUUUUUACAUUUAAUGUGUAUUGAACCUGUUGUUUUCAGACAAUGUGGACAUUUGAUCUUUUUGAUCGAUCAUGUUUCAAGAUAAUAGACACAAUAAAAUUCACAAUGUGUAGUGAAGUACAUGUACUUUAAUAGAACAUGUGAUAUGCAUGAUCAAAUGAAAACAAUCUUCAUUGGAUAUUAAAAUUAUUCAGUCCAA